AUGUCAGCAGAUAUCCGAUAUGAAUUAGUUUAUGCUGCAAUGAAUAGAGCAAAUUUAUCAGCAGAUUAUAAUAUUUGUGAUGAUAUACACAAACUACAUGAAUUUCAAAAACAAACUAUACUUGCUGAUAAAUCUCUUACAAAUAAUGAAAAAACUUUUGCAAUAAGAGAAAUAUGUAAGGUAUAUGACAAUUAUAAAAUUAAACAUAAUUCAGGAACAAGAAGGGUUUGUGAAAAUUGUAACCAAGAAUGUUUAGCUACAUUAUAUUGUGAAUAUUGUGUUCAAAAUUAUUUAAAAGCAAACUUUUCAAAUUGGACAUCUGGAAAUAAUGAUAUUGAUAAUUUAAUACAAAAAUGUCAAAUUGAAACACUUAGACCGGAUACUAUAAUUGAAUGGAUCCCAUAUAAUAAUUUUCAAAAUAUUGAAUAUUUAACAAAAGGUGGAUUUUCUGAAAUUUAUACAGCAGUUUGGAUUGAUGGAAAAUAUGAAGACUGGGAUUCUAAAAAUCAAAAAUUAAUAAAAUUAGGAGGAAAAAAAGUAAUACUUAAAGGAUUAGAAAAUGUUGAAAAUGCUAAUCGAAGAUGGUUUGAAGAGGCUGAAUCACAUUUAAAAAUAAGUUAUAAAUGGCCACAAAUCAUUUCAUGUUAUGGUUUAACACAAAACCCAUCAAAUGGAAGUUAUAUGCUUGUAAUGAAUAUUAUGGAUAUAGAUUUAAGAAAAUAUUUACAACGAACUCAAAACCAACUUUCAUGGAAAAAAAAAAUAAAAAUUGCUUAUGAUAUAAUCAUUGCACUAGGUGCUAUUCAUGGUGAAAAUGCAAUUCAUAGAGAUUUACAUUCUGGAAAUAUAUUGUUUUCACAACUAUUUCAAGAUUGUUAUAUUGGUGAUCUUGGAUUUUGUGGCCCUCCUGAUAAAGCACAAGAAAGUGUAUAUGGUAAUCUUCCUUAUUUAGCACCAGAAGUUAUUUCUGGAAAGAAAACUACAAAAAAAUCUGAUAUUUAUAGUAUUGCAAUGCUUAUGUGGGAAAUUUCAUCUGGACAACCACCUUUUAGUAAUUACGAAAAUGAUUAUAAUCUUGCAUUAAAAAUAAUUAAUGGAAUGAGACCAAAAGUGAUAGCAGGAACUCCUUUAAAAUACAAAAAUUUAAUGGAACAAUGUUGGGAUGCUGAUCCAUCAAAAAGACUUGAUGUUAAUACACUUUUUAAAGAAAUUCGUGAACUUCUGCAAUCUUUUCAAAAUAUAUCAAAUGAAAUAUCUCAACAAGAAACAAAUAACUUAGAGAUGAAUAAAAUAAAUGAAUCAACAACAAAUUGUAAAAUUAAUGAUUUUAAUAGUUCAAGUAAUCAAAGUUAUGAUAGCAUAUCCAAAGCAAGUAGUAUUUUAAAAGAUGAUAAUGAAGAAUUAUCCAAAUCAUUUAAUGAAUUACAAAUAAAUUCAAAUGACGAUAAUCAAACUAAUUAUGUAAAAGAAAUAGUAGAACAACAACAAAUAAAGAAUAUCAAUAUUGAUGACGAGGAUGAAAUCUAUGAUGAUAAAAAUUUUCAUUCAGAGGAACAAGAUGAAUUAGAAAUUCCAGAUGAAGGAUUUUAAAUUACUUAGUAACUGACAGAAUAUAUUUUGUUUACUUACAUUUCUUUUAUUUUGAAUUAUUUAAACACUAAGUAUAG